GUGCCCGCUCAGCGCAGAGGAUUGUGGGUCGGAGGAGGCAGCAGCAGCGGAGCAUCAUCAUCACUGGACGGCGAGCCGGACCGGGACUCUUCUCACCGGACUUUAACCUGAGCUGGGAGCCGUUUCUCCGCACCGAAGUGCCUUAAGACCGGAGGGAGAGAUGGGACACGGAGACCUGAUGAGCCAGGCGGAGGAUGUGGCGGACCAGUUCCUGCGGGUCACCAAACACUACCUCCCCCACGUGGCCCGGCUCUGUCUGGUCAGCACCUUCCUGGAGGACGGGGUCAGGAUGUGGUUCCAGUGGGGGGAGCAGAGCGAGUACAUCGACUCCGUCUGGAGCUGUGGACGCUUCCUCGCCAACGUCUUCGUCCUGCUCAACCUGCUGGGGCAGCUGGGCGGCUGUGUGCUGAUCCUCAGCAGAAACUUUGUUCAGUACGCCUGCUUCUCUCUGUUUGGGAUCAUCGCCCUGCAGACGGUGGCCUACAGCAUCCUGUGGGACCCCAAGUUCCUCAUGAGGAACCUGGCGUUGGGGGGGGGCCUCCUCCUCCUCCUGGCAGAGUGCAGGGGGGAGGCUCGCAGCGUGUUUGCAGGAGUUCCCUCUCUCGGCCGUCAGAGUUCCCCGAAGCACCUCCUGCAGCUCGGAGGCCGAGUCCUCCUCGUCCUCAUGUUCAUGACGCUGCUGCACUUUGACCUCAGCCUGUUCAGCAUCCUGCAGAACCUGGUGGGUUCGGCCCUCAUCGUGCUGGUGGCGGUGGGCUUUAAGACGAAGCUGGCGGCUCUGACUCUGGUAGCCUGGCUGCUCUGCAUCAACUUCACCUUCAACGCCUUCUGGAACAUCCCGUCAUACAAACCCAUGCACGACUUCCUCAAGUACGACUUCUUCCAGACCACGUCGGUGAUCGGGGGCCUGCUGCUGGUGGUGGCCCUGGGGCCCGGGGGGGUCUCCAUGGACGAGAAGAAGAAGGAGUGGUGAGGAAGAGGAGAGGGGCGGGGGGAGGUGAGCCUCCAUGGGCGAAGAAGAACUGAUGCUAUAAGAUGGAGGAAGUGUAACGCUUUGCUGCAGAGGUACAAACGUCUGUCCGGAGGUUCAGUUUGUUUUCAGUGCGGCAGCAGGUCAUACUUCAGGCUUUUAUUUUGAAAAAAUGUUGCCAUACUAAGAACAAAUACUCUAACCUGCAUAUUAUCAAAUAUAAGUACAUUUAGAAAUAUAUAUUUACAUAUAAUUACUUUAACUAUUAGAGCAUGUUUGUACAGGGUGGUGGAUACUUCCUGGGUGGCUGCAGCUUCUUUAUACAAAGCAGACUGAUGCAAACUGUUUGUUCGAAUGUGGGGGGAAAGUGCACAUUUGUGCAUCAUAUUAUGUUAAAUGUGUUGUGUUUGAACAAAUGAAAUUUUAACUUGACUUUCUGAAGAAGUGGCGGCCCUCGUGCACAGAUGAAGGAACGUGUAACAGCUGAUAUCGUCUGUUUGUGUUUCCAGAAACCUUCCGAACACGAGAUCUUCCAGCUCAGCGGACCUCGCGUGUCUCCGCCACAGCCAGAGCUUUCUGCGCAGAACUUUUACAAUCACAGACCUAAUAAUUACUAAUGUGACAGGAAUUAUUUGAGUCUUAGGGCGGACAGAGCUGAACCUCCCGUACCGAACGCUCAGGACGAGCACGUGUAGCGUUACAGUCCAGCGCUCAGACUGAUAAAGCUGUGUGUUCGCCCGGUUCUGAUCACAUGAUCACGAGCCUCAGUUCACCUCCAGGCAGAGAUCCUUUCAAAUGAAACACCGUCAGUGAAAUCUGCUAACAACCCAAACAAACAUGUUGUAUGUUUAAGUUUCGUCUCUCGCCUGAUAUUUAGUCAUUUCACCUGCAGAGAGUAAACCGUGUGUUCGCUGAUCUGGAGUCAGCGUGCGGCGACAGAUUCUUCUUCACCAGUUCAUGUGGGAGAUGCAGGUUUUUGUGCGUACGCUUCGUUUGUACAUCUGACCGCUGCUCUGCUCAGAACACACCGAUAUUUAUUUCCAUUUUUACCCCGACCAAUCACAGAUUAUCUGUGUGUCACGUGAUGUGUGUGUGUGACGCUGCUGUUUCCUGGUGAUUUUACAGACAGAAACUUCUCGGUUUCUGCUUCAGACUUCUUUUGUUUCCUUCCUGCAUUUUGUUUCGUUUUGAAAAAGGUCUAAAUCAGCGAUAAUUAAAUAUUAUUUUUGGGUCACUGGACAUUUAAUGGAGAUGUUGUGAUGACGGAGAUUCUCCAGCAGGUGGAGCUGUUUACCUGCUUCAUUAUAAAUCAGUUUCACACACAACUAACCACAUUUACAGUGGUGUGAAAAAGUGUUUGCCCCCUUCCUGAUUUCUUAUUUUUUUGCAUGUUUGUCACACUUAAAUGUUUCAGAUCACCAAACAAAUUUAAAUAUUAGUCAAAGAUAACACAAGUAAACACAAAAUGCAGUUUUUAAAUUAAGCUUGUUAUUAAGGGAAACCAAAAUCCAAACCUACAUGGCCCUGUGUGAAAAAGUGAUUGCCUCCUAAACCUAAUAACUGGUUGGGCCACCCUUAGCAGCAACAACUGCAAUCAAGUGUUUGCGUUUACCUUUUGUCUCGUCAGUCCACAGAGUAUUUUCCCAAAGUCUUGAUGAUCCCCAGGACUUUUGGGAAAAUACUCUGUGGACUGACGAGACAAAAGUUGAACAUUUUGGAAGGUGUGUGUCCCGUUACAUCUGGCGUAAAAGUAACACCGCAUUUCAGAAAAAGAACAUCAUACCAACAGUAAAAUAUGGUGGUGGUAGUGUGAUGGUCUGGGGCUGUUUUGCUGCCCAGUCUCUUUCUUAUUGUGGAGUCAUGAACACUGACCUUAACCUUAAGUUAUCGCAAACGCUUGGUUGCAGUUGUUGCUGCUAAGGGUGGAGCAACCAGUUAUUAGGUUUAGGGGCAAUCACUUUUUCACACAGGGCCAUGUAGGUUUGGAUUUUGUUUUCCCUUAAUAAUAACACCCUUCAUUUAAAAACUGCAUUUUGUGUUUACUUGUGUUAUCUUUGACUAAUAUUUAAAUUUGUUUGAUCUGAAACAUUUAAGUGACAAACAUGCAAAAAAAUAAGAAAUCAGGAAGGGGGCAAACACUUUUGCACACCGCUGUAUACUGUUUUAAACAUGAACAUGUUUUUUGUUCCUCGGUGUUGUGUAUCCUGGGAACCGGACGACUCUUCCAGCUCAUGUUUCAUUUGCUCGGCAGGUACGUCUGGCCUCCUCCCACUCAGACAGAUUUCCACCCGUCCUGGAUUCGGUCGGGCCAAUCACAGCCGUUUAUCUAACGGGGCGGGUUUGAUACGACGAUUGACAACGGGCCAACUUGCAUGCGCCACUCAGCGCUACGUCACACGUUUCGUUGCUCUGAUUGGUUGUAGGUCUUUCCACCUGUGUCCAGAGGCGUUUGGUCUGCGCCCGUUGAUAAUGUGGAAAUCAAAAAUGAACGGAGAGCUUCAGACUAUUACGCAUUUGAGAAUUAGGCGAUUCCAGGAAAUGUUUUGUCUCUGAGUAUCUAUAAUGUUGUGCCAAAGUGAAAUCAUUUUCUAUCAUGUGUUUUUGUAGAAGAUGUUUAAUAAAUGAGUCCAGCAUUGUGAA